AUGAAAAGACGCGCGCUCUUGUUCUUCAUUCUUGACAGAAUUUCGCUUAUUCGCUGUCCUCAAGUUUCACACUGCCGUCGUCAUCGCCGCUAGUUGCUCCUUCCAAGUUUCACUACUUUCUCGUCAUCACUCUGCUGGUUGUUGCUCCGUCGUCACUUCUACCGUCGUCAUCGCCGCUUGUUGCUCCAUCGUCAUCGCCGCUUGUUGCUCCGUCGUCAUCGCCGCUUAUUCGUUCUGUCUCUUCUACCGUUUUCUGCUCUGCCACUUUGCCUCAUAAAACAUGAAUGGGUCCUCAAAUCCAAUAGCUGAAGGUGUACAACAAUUGGUGAACAAUAUCCAAGCAAAUAUUGUGGACCAUGGCAGAGAGAGUGAUGUUAAUUAUAUACCGCACUUAGAAAUGGAAUUUGAAUCCGAGGUAGCAGCUUAUGAUUUUUAUAACGAGUACAGCAAGAAAAUGGGGUUCGGUAUUCGCCGCGAAUAUGGGAAUAAAAGCAAAAUAGAUGGAGUUCUAACUUCCAGAAGAUUCACAUGCUUCAAAGAGGGUAAUCGAGGUGUUGACAAGCGAGAUUACUUGACAAAAGAUCCUAGAGCAGAAACAAGAACCGGAUGUCAAGCACGCAUGGUUAUUUCGCUUGAUCGGAAGAUCGGAAAAUACAAGGUUGUUGACUUUGUUGCUCAACACAAUCACAUGCUUCAACCAAAUGAGUAUGUCCAUAUGAUUCGCUCUCAUCGACGCAUAUUCGAGUCUCAAGCAUCUCAAAUUAUAUUGGCCGAUGAAUCUGGACUAAAACCAAAAGAUUUCCAUAAUUAUGUGUCCAAGCAAGCUGGUGGAAAAGAAAUUAUUGGAUAUACAAGACAAGACCUUAAGAAUUACCUUCGAACCAAGAGAAUGCAUACACUAAAGUUUGGUGAAGUGGGUGCAUUGUUGAUGCAUUUCAAACAGCAGAGUGAAAAUCCUUCAUUCUUUUAUGAAUUUCAAAUGGAUGUUGAAGAGCAAAUAACAAAUAUAUUUUGGGCAGAUGCACAAAUGAUAAAUGAUUAUGGGUACUUUGGUGAUGUGAUCACUUUCGACACCACAUAUAAGACAAAUAAGGAUUAUCGGCCACUUGGAGUAUUUGUUGGCCUUAAUAAUCAUAGGAAAACUGUUAUUUUUGGGGCAGCAUUGCUAUAUGAUGAAACAACCCCUUCUUUUCAAUGGUUAUUUGAAACUUUUCUCAAAGCAAUGGGUGAAAAAAAGCCUAAAACCAUUCUAACCGAUCAAGAUCCUGCAAUGGCUAAGGCUAUUUCUUUAGUUAUGCCAGAAACAUUUCAUGGAUUAUGCACUUGGCAUAUAAGGCAAAAUGCUAUGAAGCAUGUAAAUCAUCUAUAUCAAAAGAGUUCUCAAUUCAACAAGGCUUUUGAAGCAUGCAUCGAUUUACAUGAAGAGGAAAGCGAGUUUUUGAGUGCAUGGGAAGAUUUGCUUGCUGAGCAUAAGGUUCCAACUGAUUCUUGGCUGCAUACAAUUUUUCGAGUGAAGGAAAAAUGGGCAUGGGCUUAUGUUCGGAAAACUUUCACUGCCGGUAUGAGAUCUACUCAAUUAAGUGAAAGCUUUAAUGCUGAUUUAAAAAAUCAUUUGAAGUCAGAUUUAAAUUUAGUGCAAUUUUUCACUCAUUUUGAAAGGGCUGUCAAUGAAAAAAGAAACAAUGCGUCAGAGGCUGAGUUUGAUUCAAGACAUAAAUUGCCUAGAUUGAAAAUGAAGAAGGCCCCUAUGCUUGUACAAGCUGGAAAUAUUUAUACAUCAAAAAUAUUUGAAGAAUUCCAAGAGGAAUAUGAUGAAUAUCAAGGCACUUGCAUAAAGGUUUUGGAAGAAGGAGUAUACAUUGUAACAAAUUAUGAUAAUGGUAAAGAGCGGAAAGUAACGGGGAGUCUUCUUGAUCAAAAGGUUUCUUGUGAUUGUCGUAAAUUUGAGACACAUGGUAUCUUAUGCAGUCAUGCUUUAAAAGUUUUGGAUAUCAUGAAUAUUAAGCUAAUUCCUGAGCAUUAUAUACUAAAACGAUGGACAAGAGAUGCAAGGUUGGGAAGUAACAUGGAUUUGAAAGGACAACACAUAGAUUUGGACAUAAAAGCUCAUUUCAUGAAGCGGUACAAUGAGUUAUGUCCUCGAAUGGUUAAGUUGAUAAAUAGAGCAUCUGAAACUCAUGAAACUUACACAUUUAUGUCCAAAGUUUAUGAAGAGUCCGGAAAAAUAGUUGAGAAUAUGUUGGCUAAGAAGUCCAUGGAUGCAGAAUCAAUUGGAAUGCGUCAUGUUUCUAUAUCAAUUUCAACUGGAGAAAUAGACAACAACGUGGACACUACUGAUGUUGGUGGACCAAGAGGCAUCAAGAAGAAAGAUUGCUUAUGUAAGUCAAAAAAGAGACCCAAAUCUUGGGUUGAAAGACUGGCAAGAAAGAGAAAGGGAAACCAAUCACAGAAAAUGAGAAAGCCUGCAAAUAAAAUGCAACCAUUGGCAUUGGACUGCAGUUCAAUCUCUCCAUCUCAAGAUCACCUCAUUGGGAAUGCAAGUCAACAUGUGACUGCAUAUCAGCAUGAGGCUGCAAGUCAACAUGGGACUGCAUAUCAGCAUGGAACUGCGUAUCAGCUCGGGGCUGCGAGUCAACAUGGGACUGCAUAUCAGCAUGAGGCUGCUAGUCAACAUGGAACUGCAUAUCAGCAUGAGGCUGCAAGUCAACAUGGAACUGCAUAUCAGCUUUUUUACAUCUGAAUUUAAGUGAAUCUGAAGAUAGAAUUCAACAAAGAAGAUGAGGAUCUUAGGGGACUUGCAAUGUUUAUUUUGAAUUAUAAUGUUUUGUAGGACUUUUGUCAUUCUUUUUUUGAAGGACAUGUAAUGUAAUGUAUUACAAGCUUUUGUCAAAGUUACUAGAUUGAGCAAGUACUGAUGUGAGCCAUUUACUGAUGUAAAACAUUUGCUGGUUUAAAGUACUGAUUUGAAGUCCA